CUCUCGCAAGUCAAGCGUCUCGUCUGACCCGACCACUCUUUAAAGCGCCGCCUCUUCCUCCAUCAUGAGCUACAUUCAUUCCAAACUCACCCCUCGUACGCCUACCCACAUUCCCAUUCCCAUUCCCAUUCUUCACAUUCGCACCUUGGCUCUCAUUCCCCGACCUCUAGGCAUCUGGUUCAGCCUUAUGAAGAGCGGCCUCCUCUUCGCCUCGCGUACACAGCGCGUGCUGGUGCAUCCCAUGAGCAAUCAGAACAACCACAGCUCCAACAGCUGGAGCCCCAGUCGCAGCAACAAGGACGGCGUCAACGAGCAGGGCCUUGAGGCGUUUCAGCGGACCGUGGGUGAGCGAUUGGGUGCCCUAGCUGAGGAUUCCGCAGACGGGGAAGCACUGCUGUCAUUGGCCUGGGUGCGGCAGGUUGUGGGGACUGUCCUGAGCUGUGAGUCGGACUUCAAGACUCUGGUAGUGCAGCCAAAGCCCCCGCUUUCCAAGGCUGAGGAGCGAAUCGCAGAUGAUUUCUUGGAGCGCAGCGUUAAAGCCCUGGACCUCUGUAACGCCAUCAGGGAUGGUAUUGAUCAUGUCCGCCUUUGGCAGAAGCAUGUGGAGAUUGUCUUGUGCGCGCUGGACGUGAGGCACCGGUCCCUGGGUGAAGGGCAACUCCGGCGCGCACGUAAAGCCCUUGCUGACCUAACCCUAGCCGUGGACGACAAAGAGCCCUCCGCUGCCGUGCUUGCUCAGUACCGGCACCGGUCUUUUGGGCGGCCUGUGGGGUCUUCUAACUCUGCCUGCCACUUCCGUUCUUUGUCGUGGUCUGUGUCUCGGACCUGGUCCGCUGGGCGUCAGCUGCAGGCCAUGGGAUCGAAUCUGGUCCCGCCCAAGAACACGGAGAUCGCAGCUAGUAACGGAUUUUCCGUUCCGGCUUACACCAUGAGCGCCAUCAUACUGUUUGGGAUGUGGACUCUGGUGGCUGCCAUCCCUUGCCAGGAUCGUGGCCUCCAGACCCACUUCUCUUUUCCCCGGACUUUCAUCUGGGCCUCGCCCUUGCACUCCAUCUAUGAUAAGGUCAUGGAGGAGUCGAGAAAGCGUGACCGCCGGGGCAGCUCUGUUGGGCUUUUGAAGGAAAUUUCACAGAUUUCUUCCUGUAUACGUCGUCUUUCCGAGCUCAUUGAUUCUCCGCUGACGGACAACCAGGAUCAGGAGGUCAGGAAGGAGGUUUUACGGCUGAUGCAGGUCUGGGCUACUGUGAAAGAGGGCCUCGACCCACUUGAGAAACAGGUCAGAGAUCUCUUUCACAGAAUUGUGAGCACUAGAACCGAGGUUCUCGAUUCCAUGAGCCGAACCAUACCUGAGAGGUGAGGAAAACAUUAAAUUGGCUCGUCAAUGCUUCUCUACUCUCUGUACAGUUUUCCAUGGGGAUUGUAUUACAAUUAAAGAACGAUCAAAAGAAUAGGAGUCUGUGGGUGGGCAGUUGUUCCUAGAUUAUCCUUCGCGGGAGGGGAAGAUUCGAAAGAGGGGAAAUUUUCUACGGGGCUGUGUUCUCCUGCAGGGCUCUCGUGAUGUAAAUCAGGGAUCGGAUUGAUUUCUUUCAAUCGUCUCUAUUUUCUUUUCUUUUCUUUUCUCUUUGGUCAUUUUUCUAAAAAAAUGUAUUUGUGCCAUAUAAACAAGUAUAUAUGAAAUCUAUUAUCAGUUGCUCAAA